AAGCAAGUAAAGAUUUAGGCACAACCAUUCAUGUAUUUGGAUAAGACUACUACUCCUCGUUUACAAAGUAACACAAAUUCCAUGAGAAGAAUAACCAAAAUUAAUUAGCUAAUAUGGAAACUCUCAUAGGUCUUCAAAACCCAUAUCUCUUUGUCACAAACUCAUUUCCUCCAUUGAAUAAAAAAAUCCCAAUCCAUUUUCAUAAAAACAUAAACAGAAUUCCAAACAUCCACCGAACCACAUGGAAAUUGAAUGCCGAAGCAAAAGGCUUCGGCAAUGGAAAACUCGAAACUUCAAAAAAAGAUAACAGAAGGAACAACAAUGACGACAACGACGAGAAAAUUCCCACGGAAAUAUGGGAAAGGAUUAUCGGAAGGAUUCUGUUUUACGUCGGAGCUCCGUUGGUUGGUGGUGUGAUUUUGCUGCAGAUUAUCGAUAUAAUAAAGCAGCAGAAAUUGUUGGAUCUGCCAAUUUGGUUGCCAUUUUUGACGACGUUUAUCACAUUUGGGGCUUCAGCACUUGGAGCUGCUUAUGGGACUUUGUCAGCCAGUUGGGAUCCGGAGAAACAAGGGUCGUUUAUUGGGCUGGAAGAAGCACAGAAGAAUUGGGUUGAUAUGUGGGCUGAAGAUGGUGCUGAUGAUGAAGAAGAAAAUAGGUGGAUCAAUUAAUUAAGCUCUGUUAAUUAAGAGAUGUAAAAUAAUGAUUGUUAUUCCUUAUUUGAAAAGGAGUAAUUUAAUCCAAGUUUUUCUUUUCUUGAUUGUUGA